AUCGUUAAAUUCGAAGUCAGCGCGCGCUUGGUUCCUUUGGGUCAUGUGACCCAGGCGGGCGGAAGUGUCGGUCAGACCUUCUUUUCAAUCAUUUUGUCUUGUUGCUGUGGAAAUAUGGCGGAAUUAUUGCUGAAGAUUAAAAAGUUAAUAGGUGCGAAAAAGAAGACGCCAUUGUGUCAGAGCGACGUACAGCUGUGGGGUUUACGAGGAAUACAGCUGAGGGCCUACCAGCUGGACGGCGUCCAAUGGCUGACGCAGUGCCUGAAGGAGCAGCAAGGAUGCAUCCUUGCCGAUGAGAUGGGCUUGGGAAAAACCUGCCAGACCAUCUCCCUGCUGGUCUACAUGUCUGCAGCUGUUGGUACCAAAGGUCCAUUUCUGGUCCUCAGCCCGCUUUCUGUCAUGGAGAACUGGAGGAAUGAGUUGGAACGCUUUGCCCCGUCCCUGACGGUCCUGUGCUACAAGGGAGAUCGAGACAGACGGGCCCAGAUUCAAGCGGACGCCGACACGCAGGACUUCCAUGUCUUGCUCACCACAUACGAGCUCUGUCUCAAAGACGCUUCUUUCCUGAGACGGUGGAAGUGGAAGGCGCUGGUCGUAGACGAGGCUCACCGGCUGAAGAACCCGAAGUCUCUGUUGCACCAAACCCUGACGCAGUUCUCCGUGGGCUUCAGAGUGCUGCUGACAGGAACUCCCAUCCAGAACAACCUGCAGGAGCUCUACUCCCUACUCAGCUUCAUCCAGCCCACAAUCUUCUCAGCCGAGGACGCGGACCACUUCGUCCGGGCUUACUCCGACGUCCAGAGUCGACCCGAGCUCGCCAACGAGCUUCAGAGCGUCCUGGAGCCCUUCCUGCUCCGCCGGGUCAAGUCGGAGGUGGCGCUUGACCUGCCCAAGAAGAGCGAGCUGGUGGUCUACCACGGAAUGUCAGCGCUGCAGAAGAAGUACUACAAAGCCCUCCUGAUGAAGGACCUCGAGGCUCUUGGGAGCGAGCAGAGCAACAAGACCCGUCUGCUCAACAUCUUGAUCCAGCUGAGGAAGUGCGUGGAUCACCCGUAUCUCUUCGACGGAGUGGAGCCGGAGCCCUUCGAGAUGGGAGAGCAUCUGAUUGAGGCCAGCGGGAAGCUCUGCCUCCUGGACAGCAUGUUGGCUUACCUGCAGGAAGGCGGCCAUCGUGUUCUGCUCUUCUCCCAAAUGACCAGAAUGCUGGACAUCCUUCAGGACUACAUGGAGUACAGAGGUUUCAGCUACGAACGCCUGGACGGCUCGGUCCGAGGCGAGGAGCGCAACCUGGCGGUGAAGAACUUCAGCAGCAGCGACGUCUUCGUCUUCCUCCUCAGCACCAAAGCAGGAGGGGUUGGCAUCAACCUCACAGCCGCCGACACUGUCAUUUUUAUGGACAGUGACUUCAACCCACAAAACGACCUGCAGGCCGCCGCCCGCUGCCACCGCAUCGGUCAGAACAGGCCGGUGAAGGUGAUCCGCCUCCUGGCCAGAGACACGGUGGAGGAGAUCAUGUUCUCCCGCGCCGUCUCCAAGCUGGAGCUCACCAACACGGUGAUGGAGGAGGGUCGCUUCUCUUUGCUGGACCGCGCCCAGACGGCCGCCGCGGGACUGCAGCUGAGUGAGAUCCUAAAGUUCGGAGUAGAUAAGCUGCUGUCUUCAGAGGCGAGUUCGGUACAGGACGUGAGACUGGAGAAGAUCCUGGGCACCUCGCACGGCGGUCGCUGGACUGUUGACGAGGAGGAGGACGAGGAAAACUCCUUACAAGAAGAGGAAGACAGCGGCUCUGAAUCCGACAGGCAGAACCACAUGUACUGCUUUGAGGGCAAAGACUACAGCAAGGACCCCAGCGCGGAGGACCAGAAGAGCUUUGAUCAGCUGCUGGAGGAGCAGAUGGCCGAGCUGCAGAAAGGUGCCGGAGAGGGAAGAAGCCUACGAAACAAAACCGAAGUGUCAGCGGCAGUGACGCUCAGCUUCCCGACAAGGAAGAGGAGGCCGCUGACGGAGGCGGAGCUAGAGUUGAGGCGGCAGAAGCGGCAGGAGGCGGCGGCCAAGAGAGCCAAGUACCAGGAGGACCUCAAGAAGAAGCAGGAGGAGCAGAAAUACAAGAAAAAGAUGGCGCGGUGGGAGUCGGUCGGCUACAAAUCCCCAUGCCUGAAGCUGGCGGACAGCGAGGAAGACGACGAAGAGGAGGAUGACGGCAGCAGCGCGAGUUCCGCGGACUCGGACAGCGGCGCCAUCCACUACGUCCUGGGAGACGUGACGCAUCCUCUCGCCGCACGCGGGAUUGUCAUCAUCGUCCACUGCGUCGACGACUCGGGCUGGUGGGGCAAGGGAGGCCUGUUCACCGCCCUGGAGAGGCGCUCAGAUGAACCGCGGCGGGUCUACGAGCUGGCUGGACGGAUGAAUGACUUGGACCUGGGCAGCGUUCUCCUCUUCCCCAUCGACGACAAACAGUCCAGGAUGAACGGGAGCGAUUACCUGGCCCUCAUCGUCGCACAGCAGCGGGGCAAAGACAACACGCUGUCCGCCAUCUUGCUGCCGGCGCUCGACGAAGGUCUCCAGAAGAUUCACGCUGCCGCCAAACAGAUGAAAGCGAGUGUGCACCUUCCACGCAUCGGACACGCCACCAAGGGCUUCAACUGGUACGGCACGGAGCGUCUGAUCAGGAAACACCUGGCCAGCAGAGGCGUGCCCACCUUCAUAUACUAUCACAGUCGCAGUAGAAGCACCAACGCCACCUCGGCCUGUGCGAGCUCUUCUGCACAUCAAAGCCCAGACUCUGCAGAACCUUCUUCCUCUCUCGCCACGCCUCAGCUGCCCAGCUUCAUGGCGGGCGUCCACGUCUUCUUUUACAACCUGCCUGCCACUGAGAGGAAGAAGCUGGCUCGCUACCUCCUCACCUAUGACGGCGACGAAGAGGAGGUGAUGAGCGGCGAGGUCACCCACAUCGUAGCCGAAGUGGAGAACGACGUCCAGGCCCAGGAUCUCCAGGACCUGAGGUGCCGCUCCACUGGGGCAGUGGUGCUGCACAAAGCCUGGCUGGAGGCCUGCUUCUCUAAACAACGACUUGUCAGCACCGCACGCUUCAAACAUACACCCGCCUGAAGUGUGUGUGUGUUUGUGUGUGUGUGUGUGUGUUUUAUUGAUCAAGACAUGGCAUAAAUGAUAAUAAAGGCUGUGUUUUUGCAACAUGGCAUGAGCACACUUUUAGUGGAGAAAAA